AUGCAAGUCUCACCCUUCUUCCACCGCCCAUCCGCCGUCGUCUUCCCCAAAUUCAGGCCAGUUUCAACGGUUUCCCCACCAUGGCUCCGCCGUCAGGGUGCGGCACCGAGAUGUGUUAGUCAGGGUGGCUGGGGGAGCUCUGUGGCGGAGCUGGAGAGAGAAUUUUCGGUGGAGGGAGAAGAGUGGCUGAAACUAGGGAGGCUAGAGGAGAAAUGCGGCAGUGGAGGAAAAGGAAUGGUGGAGUUGCUUGAAUCUUUGGAAAGAGAAGCCAUUAUGGGGGAAGAUGAAGGUCGAGACCCUACUAAUUACCAUAGGAGGGCUAAGAUUUUCAGUACCAGUUCUAGAGUUUUUCAAGCUCUCAAGGAACAUUCUGAUGAUGAAUCUGAAGAGAGAGAGAGAGAGAGGAAGAAGAAGGAUGAACAUGUUCAUAUGAGAUCUUAUUCGGAGUUACCAAACUUAUUUGACAUCACAUCAGAGUUCCUUCUUUACAGUUCUUUGAAACACUUCUUUUUCUUAUUCAUCUCCUCCCAAACCUUCUUCUUCAACCAGCCAAAUGGCUGCAAGCUUUUCAGUUUCAAACAGAGAAGAAAAGUAUUUAUAAUCCUUCCCUAG